CUUUAAACCAUUCCGAUUAUUUAAAGCUGAAAUGAAUGUAUUACCAUUUAGUUUUGGUCUCUUCACAUUCUGUGGCGUAUGGCGACCAUUAAGUUGGUCGACCGGGUUGAAGAAGUGUAUUUAUGACUGUUACAGUGUUUUUGUUGUCUCCUGUCUUUAUUCUUACUGCUUAAUGGAAUUUGCAGAUACGAUUCGCUCAUUGAGUGAAAUUAGUGAAUUCAUUAAUGCAUCAUUCAUGCUCGUAUCUGUAAUUAACACGUCUUGUAAGACAGCCAAUUUGUUUAUAAAAAGGAAUCAGCUUAUACAAUUAUUGUCAAUUCUUGAUAAUAAUUUAUGUCGGAGCCGUGGAACAGAAGAGAGAGCUAUUCAAGAAGAAUGCAAUCGUCGUGUUAAAAUCAAUUUUUUCUUCUUCUUCUGCAUCGUUGAGAUAGCUGUAUUUACUUCAACAGUAUCAUCAAUAUUUGAAAAUAUUCCAGAACGUACCUUACCGUUCAGAGUUUGGGUGCCUUAUUAUAAUAAUUCGGAAUUUGCUUACUGGUGUCUUUAUCUUCAACAAGUCAUUGUUGGUCAUGGAUUUCAAUCGACAAUUGCUAUUGGCAAUGAUACACUCGUUGCUGGAAUGAUGCUUCUCACUUGUGCACAAUUGCAAAUUUUGAAAUUUCGGCAGGAGAAUCUUCCCAGUUUUUUUAAAGAACUAAAAGAGGAACAAGGUUCCUAUACGGAGGAAAUGCAGAGACAACUUCUCAAGGAAAUCAUCUUGCACCACAAAACAAUUCUCAGAUUUGCAGAAACAGCGAAUGAUUUAUUCUCCACCAUUAUCUUCAUUCAAUAUGCAAUAAGUUGCUAUGUUCUAUGUAUUAGUGUCUAUCGAGUGGCACAGAUGGAAGUCAAUAAUCCUGAGUACCCAUUCACAGUUUUUUACCUUUUAUGCAUGACAACACAAAUAUUUUACUUCUGCUGGUAUGGUAAUGAAGUUAUCCUCGAGGUAUGAUCAGAUUCAUCAGGAAAAUGAUGUAAUGCUGCCGUAGACAUCUGAAAAUAAUUCAUAAAAAGCUUUCUUCUGAGCACAGCGGGAUAUCAGCUAUGUUAUCGUUAUGAACCGUGAAAUUGAUUGAGUGAAUUACUGACUCAGUU